AAUAGUCUUUCAGGUUCUAUUCCUCGUUGCCUAACUAACUUGACUUUUGAGUCAAACUAUGCCAAAUCUGUUACAGGUUCGAAAUAUGAUUUAUUCCCCCCAGGAAUAAGUCAAUUCUCAUUGUAUUCAUCUUAUUUUGAAUCAAUAAGAUUGCCGAAUGUCAAAGAAAAGGUCGAGUUCCCUACAAAGGGCUGGUCCUAUUCCUAUGACGGCAACAUCCUCAUUUUUAUGUCAGGAAUUGAUUUCUCCUGCAACCAAUUAACAGGUAAAAUACCAUCCAAAAUGGGGAACUUAAGUGAGCUCCAUUCAUUGAAUGUGUCUCAUAAUAAUCUCACUGGAUCAAUACCAACAACAUUCUCCAACUUAAGGCAUAUUGGGAGCUUAGAUCUUUCCUAUACCAACCUGAAUGGGAGUAUCCCCUCUGAACUGACUGAGUUGAACACUUUAGUGGUCUGCAGUGUAGCACACAACAACUUAACAGGUAAAACUCCAGAUUUCAAAGCUCAAUUUGCUACCUUCAAUGAGAUUAGCUACGAGGGAAAUCCUCAUCUGUGGACCUCCAUCACAUAG